AUGAUGGGCGCGCAUGCAUCUGCUUCGCUUGUGCGCCCACCAUCCUCGUGUUCCUUGCUCUUCAUCCAUAUUGUUUCUGUUCUAGCAAUAAUAAUGUAUAUAGGAACACCGGUAACAGGAAACACGGAAACCGAUGCUCUGUUGAAGUUUAAGUCAUCUCUUAUAAACAAGGAGGCCAUUUCCAACUGGAACCCUUCUACUACUCCAUGCUCAGAUGGAGAAUGGCCUGGUGUUAUCUGUGAAUAUGGCAAAGUAUGGGGAUUGAGGCUCGAAUAUUUAGGUUUGGGAGGCACCAUUGAUAUUGAUGCUCUCUCUCAAUUGCCUGAGAUGAGGACCCUAAGCGUCAAACACAACAAGUUUAAAGGUCCGAUUCCAGAUAUUCGCCGUCUACCAAAAUUGAGAUCCGUUUACCUCUCUAAUAAUAAUUUUUCUGGUGAAAUUCCCGAGAAUGCCUUUGCUGGGAUGGAUUCUUUAAGGAGGGUGGUCCUCGCAAACAAUGCCUUCACCGGAAAGAUACCAUCAUCUCUCCCCUCGCUACCCAUACUCGUUGAGCUGAAAUUAGACGGAAACCAAUUCCAAGGCAGAGUCCCCGAUUUCAAGCAGAAGGACUUGCCAAACAUCAAUAUGGCUAACAACCAAUUGGAAGGUCCCUUACCUGCAAGAUUCAUGAAACUCAGUCCAAAACUUUUUUCAGGCAACAAGGGAUUGUGUGGUGCCCCUCUUCAGCCAUGCAAUGGUGAAACAGCAGCAACUCCUAACACUAUACAAGAUUCAUCAAGUAAAAGAACCAUCAUUAUGCUAGUUGUACUGUUUACACUAGUGAUGUUGGCAUCGACAAUCCUAUUAAUAUGUCACGCGAAACGCAAGGAAAAGCUAGAGAAACUGGAAGCUUUGGCAUCUCAGGACGCAAACCAGUUUAUAGAGCCAUAUGUGACAUCAAGAGAGGAACGCCCAACCACAAGGAAACGGUCAGAGCCAGGGAAGCUGGAUUUCGUGAGAGAUGACAGAAAAAAGUUUGACCUUUCUGAUCUGUUAACUGCAUCAGCAGAGGUGUUAGAGAGCGGAAACUUCGAGUCUUCCUACAAGGUGGAGGUAUUUUCAGGGGAACUAUUGGUGGUGAAGAGGUUUAGACAGAUGAGCAAAGUGGGAAGGGAGGAAUUUCAUGACCACAUUAGGAGGAUGGGCAAAUUAAGACAUCCAAAUGUGCUUUCUUUAGUUGCAUGUUACUACAGGAAAGAAGAGAAGCUUCUUAUCUUUGACUUUGUUGAUAAUGGAAAUUUGGCUAGUCACCUUCAUGGCAACCAUACUCAGAAGAAUGAAGUGUUUGAUUGGCCAAUUCGGUUGAAGAUAAUCAAAGGAGUAGCAAGGGGUUUGGCUUACCUUUACAACGAGCUCCCGAGCUUAAUAGUGCCCCAUGGAUAUCUCAAAUCAUCAAAUGUGAUUCUUAAUUAUUCAUAUGAACCCCUUCUUAUGGACUAUGCCCUCCAACCUUUGAUCAACCCAGAGUAUAUUAAACAGCUUAUGGUUGCCUACAAGUCACCAGAAUAUGCUCACCUUGGCCGUGUUACAAAGAAGACUGACGUUUGGAGCCUCGGCAUUCUCAUACUAGAAGUGCUAACUGGGAAAUUCCCAACCAACUUCCUUGCCGUAGGAAAUGUCAAGGGUGAAAAUCUAGUAGCCUGGGUAAAUGAUAUAGCAAGUGACGAGGAAAAGGGACAAGAUGUGUUUGAUAAAGAGAUGGGAGGAACCCAAUACAGCAAGGUUGAAAUGAGAAAACUUUUGAAGGUUGGGUUUGGCUGUUGCCAUGAGAAUUUAGACGUAAGAUGGAGCAUAAAAGAGGCUGUUGAGAAGAUUGAAGAGAUCAAAGAGACAGACAAGGAGAAUUGAAAUUUUCCUAAAGAAACAAUUUAGCUAACCCAUAAGUUAGAGAAAGAAACAAAGUACACAUUAUCUUUUUUAGGCAGUUAGACAUUUUAUAGAAUUUUGUCGCCUUGUAUAAACUAUUGCACUUACUUCUUUUAUUCAAACUUUUUUCUUCUUAAUCUUAUUUGUUUAAUUUCACCAGAAAAUGUUUUUUCUUACAACCCCUCCCCCUUUUACCUGACCCUAUAUAGGAAACCUAACUAGAGCUAUUGGAAGAAACGUAAACCAUGGUAUGGUAUACUCUCUCUAUCAGGAAUAAAAUGUUAUCAUAUAUACUCCACAUUA